AUGUUCUAUACCACCUUUACUAUCCUGGUGUUACUCACCUUCUGGACCAACAAUGUCUAUGCAAACGUGGAAAAGACCAUUUUUCUUGCACCACCACCUACAACAAUACCCUCAGAAGCAUCUGAUCUAGAUGAUCUAGGUCUAGAACGACUCUCACCGGAAAACCCGGUGGUGCGAACACAAUUGAAUGCAUCAUUCCCAACGCCCGGUGCCCCAGAUGGAACCGAGUCAUGGUUCUUUCUCGAGAACCUGAAUCCAGGCCAGCGGUAUGAGGUUCGAAUUUGCUGGUUAGCAACGCAACCAACAUCUUUCACUCUUACAACACACUCCUUGUCAACAACAAUCGAGGAUUCAUCCCUACUCUCCUCUCUAAGCAUAUUUUCAACAGCACGAAUCACAACACAAGAUCCUCGUUUUCAAGCGAAUACUAUUCCACGCCAUGCAUCAGUCUCCAGCAAAGACAUACUGUUAGAUUCAGACCCUACGACGGACUCGGUGUUAUUCUUGCGGGUCAGCGCAGCAGCGGAUUAUUUCAGUCACCAUGAGUCCUUGAUGAAAGAUGUUCCGCCUGUGACGGCUGACCUGAUUCUGGAUCCGUUUUUGUGGAAUGUCUUCCCCCGGUCGCUUGUUCCGACGGCGGGAUGGAUUGCUGUGGUUUCUGUUAUUGCCAUUUUUGUUGGGAAGUGGGUUGCUGGAGAGAUUGGGAAGGUUAUUGAGGAGGGAAAGAGAGCCAGAGAGGUUGAAGAUAAGAAGGGAAAGUAG